ACCCAGGGCGCGUAUAAAUACCGCGAGGCGACCCGGAGAGAGCUAGUCCUUUUGGAGAGCGCAAAGACAGCGAGGAACUCCUCAUUUCACUUCAACCGAUAUUUAUUUAUUUAUCUAUUUAUUUAUUCUGAGCCUUGCUUUGGGAUGAACAGACUGCUUCUGAACUUCUUCUGGGUGGCAGCAUUCAGCGCACUCCUGUCCGCGCCGGGGCUCCGGGCUUCUCCAGUGGUUGGGCAGGAACCGAUCCGCUGCGCCCCGUGCUCCCCGGAGCGGCUGGCCGAGUGUCCCGCGGUGGAUGCCGGCUGUGAGGAGGUGCAAAAAGAGCCGGGCUGCGGCUGCUGCCUCGCCUGCGCGUUGAAGAGAGGUGACUCGUGCGGGAUCUACACUGCGCCCUGCGGCUCGGGGCUCCGCUGCUUGCCCAAACCCGGAGAAGCCCGACCCCUGCACGCGCUCACCCGAGGACAGGCGGUGUGCACGGAGAACCCCGAACCUGACCAGAACCAAAGCGACAACACGCCAGAUCACUCCGAGUCUCAUAACGGGCAAACAGCAGUGAAUGAGGGCAGCUCAGGGGUCUUCGUGACCGGGCACGGCAAGCCCUUCGACCCGCGGGUCAUCACUGCUAAGGAGAGCAUGAAGGCCAAAGUCAACGCGAUACGCAGGAAACUCGUGGAGCAGGGUCCUUGUCAUAUUGAACUGCAGACAGCCCUUGACAAGAUCACUAAAUCACAGCAAAAACUGGGAGACAAAAUGAACAGGUUCUACCUUCCCAAUUGUGACAAGCAUGGUUUCUAUAAAGUCAAACAGUGUGAAUCGUCUCUGGAUGGUCAGAGGGGGAAGUGUUGGUGUGUGUCAUCCUGGAACGGAAAGAAGAUUCCUGGAUCAAGUGACCUGCCAGCAGAUGCCGAGUGUCCCGAGGAACUCAACCACUGAUCUGUGUCUCACACACAUACAUAUUAAACCACUGAUUUUUAUCAUUGUAUAUAUAUAUAUAUAUUUUUAAAUAUUUUAGUAUUUAUUUAUUGUUAGUGGUGGUAUUUAAUUCAGGUACACUGUUUUUGAUUUGUAAACUCCUUAAACUCACCGAAAAAAAAAUCUAUUUUUAUGUAAAGAAAAUGAAUAUGCAUUUUACAUGAAGUACCCAUACUUAUUUAUUUAAACUGAAUGUAUUCAUUUCAAUAUCUGGAUAAGAAUAUUUAUUCUUUAUGCCUUAUACAUAUUUUUGUAUGGUGUAAAUCUGUAUAUUUUGCUGUAUAUAGAUUUCCUUCAGGCCUGCUUUGUUGGAAAGGAAUGAUAUGGAAAAAAGCACUGCAUGACCAAACCUCUUUGUCACUGUCCGUACAUUGCCAUAUUUUUUUAUACUGUAUAUGUUUUUAUUAUUAUAUUUUACUAAUUAAUUAAUUUUUUUGGUUUGUUUUAUAAUUAUUGAUAAUAGAUGGGCAUAAAAGUGGGAAUCCUUUUUCCCCUUUCCCCAAUCCUUUUUUUACUUGCAAAAGUAUUGAUCUUCACAGCUUUUGAAACGGGUAACUGCCUGUUCCUACCUCUGCCUUUUUUUUUUUAUCAGGUGUUUGUAAAUUACUUGUCUGUAUGAUCAAAGUGAGGUUACAGUCUUGCUGUAUUUGUCGAUCACAUUUAUUUUUUUAAGGGAUGAGGAAAAGAGAUUCAGACGUUGCUUCCCUCUAAAGCAGUCGCUCAAGUGUAUGAUAUAUUUUUCAUAGUUUGUAAUUGUAAGUCAUUGUGUGAAACAACAACAACUAAAAAUAACUAUUUAAUAAAUCAUCUUUACAAGCAAA